AUGGCGGACCGACUCCUCUCCACCGUGCCCCACCACCGAAACCUCCCGGAGAGCUACGUACGGCCGGAGUCUCAGAGGCCCCGGCUUGCUGAAGUCGAGAGCGACGCGAACAUUCCCGUUGUCGACCUCGGCGCUGAUGAUCAAUCCCAAAUCAUCUCCCAGAUCAACGACGCCUGCCGAUCCUAUGGCUUCUUCCAGAUUGUGAAUCAUGGGAUAUCUGUUGAAUUGAUGCUCAAGAUGAUGGCUAUCGCCUUCGAAUUCUUUUACCUUCCUCCGGAGGAAAAAGCCAAGCUAUAUUCUGAUGAUCCCGCGAAGAAAAUAAGGUUAUCGACGAGCUUUAAUGUUAGGAAGGAGACGGUUCACAACUGGAGAGAUUAUCUCCGGCUGCACUGCUAUCCUCUGGAGGAGUUUGUGCCAGGGUGGCCUUCCAACCCCCCUUCGUUCAGGGAAGUGGUGAGCACUUACUGUAGGGAAGUUCGUCAACUAGGCUUCCGACUCCUUGGGUUAAUAUCUUUGAGCCUGGGUUUGGAGGAGGACUACAUUGAGAAGGUUCUUGGUGAGCAAGAACAACACAUGGCCAUAAACUACUACCCCCAGUGCCCGGAGCCUGAGCUCACAUAUGGUCUACCAGCCCACACAGAUCCAAAUGCUCUCACGAUUCUCCUUCAGGACCAAAAGGUGGCUGGCUUGCAGGUUUUUAAGGAUGGCAAAUGGAUCAGAGUUGAUCCCCACCCCAAUGCUUUUGUCAUCAACAUCGGCGACCAACUACAGGCACUGAGUAAUGGUAGGUAUAAGAGUGUUUGGCACCGGGCGGUGGUCAAUUCCGAUGAGGAAAGGAUGUCCGUGGCAUCGUUUCUUUGUCCGUGUAACAGUGCGGUCAUUAGCCCUGCAAAGACGCUCACCGGCGAUGGAUCGGCGGCCGUAUACAGGAGCUUCACAUACGCCGAGUACUACAAGAAGUUUUGGAGCAGGAACUUGGACCAGGAACACUGCUUGGAGCUAUUCAAGAGCUAGUCGGCAACCAUCAUGCCGUCAUCAAUUGAAUCAUCGUGUCUCCUCUGCUGUCCUCACGGGAUGGUUGACGACUCCGGUGGUUUGUCUUGCUUUGUAGCUUUCCUUCUGAGCACCCACCGCCCGUGUCAUGGCGCAAGAUUCACCACUUGCUCGUCAAUGUUGUCCAACUGUAGCCUGGAAAAAGGUUGCAAUACUUUCUUAAUUUAUACCUACUCAUCGGACUAUUAUAUUUAUAACUGUUUGAGUUGUAUUGAAUAUUAGUUUUAAGCCCGCACGCAGAUUCUAUGUUA